AGUAUUGAGUCUGUCUGUUCGCCGGUCCGACUGCCAGCCAUAGACUAACUCUGCCUUGCCAUCUUCUUCUUCUGUGGCAGAAAGAAAAAGCACAGCAAAUGCAGAGGAGAGAGAGAUAGUUUUUGGUGGGGAGGGGUCUACACAUUUUUUUAUAUCAUUUUUCCUCUUCUGCCAUCUUCUCUCUGCUAUAUAUAUAUAUUUUUUUUAUUCCUUAAUGUUGUAUGUGUUUGGCUUGGCUACCAGCAAUGGCUCGUUAAGUAGAUAUAUAUAUAUAUAUAUAUAUACAAUACAUACAUACAAAUAUAUAUAUGUAGAUAUAUGUCUAUAUGUGUGCCAGUCUGUAGGCAAGUUAGACUUGUCUGUGUGUUGUUAAACCUAUUGGCUGACCGCGCCAUUGCUUGCUGCUGUGGGAGCUGAGCUGUCUGUUGUUCAUGACAUCUUGGAAAGUGUCUCUGCUAUAACAAGACACACCAUUCCGGCCUUGGCUUGGCUGGAUGGACGACAAAAUGCUCCAUUUUCUCACACCACCAUCACACUCCUCUUUAAACACACCCAUCGCCGCUAUUUUCUUUAUUAUGAUUACCAUUUGAUUUCUCUAGGGGGAGGUAUACAUCCAUCCAUCCAUCUAUCCAUCCAUCCAUAUAUAUAUAUACAUACAUAUAUACAUACGUAUAUAUAUACAUAUAUAUAUUAUAUAUAUAUAGAUAUUAUAGAUAUAUUAUAUAUUAUAUAUAUAUAUGUAUAUAUAUAUAUAUAUAUAUAUGGUGUUAGACGUCUGCCUUGGCACUCAAAUAAUUGUCUCCUACCAAGAGAAAGCAACAAAACAAAGACACCUAGAACCACAAACCCAUCAACCAAAACCUAAAAAGCCGAAUCCAGCCUCCAUAUAUACAUAUGUACUUAUAUACACACACGUGCGUGUGUCUAUAUAAAUAUAUAUAUGGUCCUACUCUAGAUCAUUCCAAGAUGGAGUCCAUUAAUCUGAAGACAUGAAAACCAGAAGACACUUGUCUGCCCCACGGAGAAUUACUACCAUUUUGUUCCCUACUACAGCAUCAAUGUGUUAAUAGUGGCAAACAUGUACAAGUCCAAUGCAUGCCAGCAUGGAAAGAGGACCUAAUAUGAUGAAGAUGAUGAGGAUGAUGAUGGUGGUAUAUAUUUGUGUGUGUCAUAUAGAGUGUAAAAUAUGAAACUACACCAAAAAAUCAUUAUUUUUUUAAAUACAUACAUUAACAGACUCACACAGACUUGCACACACCACAUACUGACUCACAAACACGCAAGUUCGUAUAUGAAGACUUUAUCAGAACUUGAAACGAGUUUUGUGUGUGAAAGACAAGCCCAAUGAAAAUUUGCACCCGUACAGAGGAUUUGAACCCGUGACGGACUGAACUGUGUGUCUACAACCUCUGCAGUUUACAAUGGAUCGGUGUAGCAACCAAAGAAUUAUCUCCAGCCAGAGUCAUGGUAAGCAUCUUUCAAUGAAGCAGUCAUCACAGCUGCAUAAGCAGAGUGCGUCGAGUGUACCCAGCAACAAACAUGUGGCACACAGUGGCAAGAUCUCGUCCUCGGUGGCGUUUGGUCUGUCAAACAACUGCCACAACAGCAGCAGCAGCAGCAGCAGCAGCAUAUAUGCCAAGGACUACUCUCAGAAGUCCUCGAUGAGUACCCCAGUGCCAAGGGCGGCACACACUGGCCCUGAUCCUUCCAUUAGGCAGCAUUCUAACAAUCAUCACAGCACCGGUGACAAUCUGCAGUCGCAGGUAAUCGCUGCACAGCAAAGGCUGAUGCAGUCAACAGGGAGUGCAGGCAGUGCAUCGGACAGGCAAGCACAACACUUACAGCUGCAGCAAUAUCCUUCUUCUACAACCUCGUCUCAGUCUAUCCACCAUUCGCAUCACCUGCAAGGACCUCUUCUGCCACUGCUGGGGGACACGAUAUUCUCUUGCGACGUGUUUGGCAAAGAAUUUCCGCAACGUCUCUUGGCAACUUCCAGUCCCAUUGCUACGCAUCUUGGCGACAACGUCUUUCGGCCUGACCUCUACGCCAGUCAGUUCAUCCAACCUUGUUAUCUACCACUGGCCCCCGAACAACUGAUCGGUACCGUGCUGUCAACCACCACUAUACCAUCAACAUCAACAACAUCCACAGCCAACAAAACAAACGUCUCUGAAGAACAUACGGUGACAGCAAACAACAUCUCUAAACAGUACUCAAACAGCGAAAGUUCUUCAAAAAAUUACUCUUUGAAUACAAAUCUUGCCUGUAGUAGUAGUAGUGGUAGUAGUGGUGGUGGUAGUCGAGGUGGUGGUAUUAAUAGUAAUAAUAACAACAACAGUAACAGCAUACACAGCAACCACACCUCUUGCAACAGCAGCCACACCACUACUACUACUUCUACUACUACUAGUGUUAAUAACAAAUCCUACAGUUCCAGUCAGACCCAUUUACUUGAGGUACCCCAAGUUCAGUCCCAGCAGCACAUAUCACAACAAUCGGGGCAGAACUGUUUAUCAUCUCAACAAAUGAGCAAGCAACAACUACAUCAGUCCUUGGCCCAGCAACAGAAUCCACUCUCCUGUGUCAUCGGACAGAGUUCAAAGAAGGUCACCAACUACCAAACUCACUCCCAGGCCCCUUGCAAAACCCAGCCGCAGCAGCAGCCCCAAAAUCUUCAGAAACCGAAACCACCGAGGAAUUUGGAGAGUGACAAGAAUUUGUUUUGUGAUUAUUGCGGGAAAGAAUUUCUUCGAUCUUACUUACUGUUGAUGCAUCGAAGAACUCACACGGGAGAGAAGCCAUUUGCUUGUGAACUCUGCUCCAAACAGUUUGCCAGGAAAGAUACCCUGCAGAGACACCGAAAGAUCCACAUCAUAAAGAUUCCCGAUAAGUUUGACCAAUAUCAGCCGAACAACUAUCCAGAAGAACCAAAGAUAGAAUCAGAAACCAAGGUAAAAAGUAAUUUUAAUUCCGUGGAUAUUUUUGAUCCUUCCGUAAACGACAUUAACCACCUGCACAGGCUGGGAUUAUCCGUCUGUUCGUCUUUACAACCAAACUGUACGCCUGUGACGGAUGAGAAAGCCAUCUCGGAGUUUCAGAAUAGCAGCAUUUCAGUAAAUUCCAUGCUGGAUGGUACAUCACAAUUGCAAAAUUUAUCUGCAACUUCUGAAAAUCAAAUCCAAAAGUUUUCAGUUGGAUCUGCAGACGUGAAGGAAAGCGAGUUUUCUGGUCCGAAAAUUUACAGUUGUGACAUUUGUAAGAAACAAUUUGCUCUUCAACAUUAUCUAAACAUCCAUCGACAAAUUCAUUUCAAAGACAAACCUUUCCAUUGUAAAUUCUGCUCUCACAGCUUCUCAAGGCAAGAUUCAUUGAAACUACACCUGCGAACACACACAGGUGUGAAGCCAUUUCAGUGUGAUGUUUGUCAGAAGUCGUUUGUUCAGCGUUUAUACUUGAAGAUUCACAUGAGGAUCCAUACAGGUGAGAAACCUUACACCUGUGAAUUCUGUAACCAUAGCUUCACACGCCGAGAUUCUUUGACAAUUCAUCGGCGUAGACACACGGGGGAGAAACCUUUCCACUGUGACAUCUGCCGAAAGAAGUUUGCUCAGCGUCUUUAUCUGCAAAUACAUCGCCGAACACAUACAGGUGAAAAGCCAUUUACCUGUGAAAUAUGUAAACAUAGUUUCUCACGCAGAGAUUCGUUAGCUAUUCAUAAGCGGACCCACACUGGGGAGAAACCUUUUAAAUGUGAUGUCUGCCUGAAACAGUUUGCACAGAAGCACUAUUUAAGAAUUCAUCAACGUAAACACACAGGUGAGAAAUUGUUUACCUGUGAUAUAUGCUUCACCAAAUUCACUCAGCUGGGCUACCUUGAGGUACAUAAACGGAUCCACACGGGCGAGAAACCAUUCCAGUGUGACUUGUGCAUUCAGAAGUUUGCUCGAAAAUCCACUCUGAUUAUUCACCGCAGGACACACACGAAUGAAAAGCCAUUCAAGUGUGAAAAGUGUGGAAAAGCUUUUGCUAAGAAAGACAAACUGAAUUCACACAUUCGAACUCAUAUGAAGAAGAAACGUUUCGUGUGUGACAUUUGUGAGAAAUGGUUUUCUCGUCGUGAUACACUGAGGAUACAUCAAAAGUUGCACUCCGAUGAGCGACCUUUUCAGUGUGAAAUCUGUCAGAAAGGGUUUGUACAGAAGGACAAAUUGCUUUUACAUCAAAGAAUUCACUCAGACAACAAACCAUUCACCUGUGACCUUUGUCCCAAGAAAUUCUAUCAACGCAACGUAUUAGAGAUCCAUCGAAGAACACACACAGGUGAGAAACCGUUCCAGUGUGAUUUGUGUCCGCAGAGAUUUGCUCGGAAAGAUACCCGUGCAAUUCACCGUCGAAUCCACACCGGGGAGAAGCCAUUUAGCUGCAAUAUCUGUGGAGAGAGAUAUGCUCAGCGUGAGAGGUUACGUAUACAUACACACAUCCACACAGGAGAGAAACCUUACCAAUGUGAUUUUUGCCCCAAACAGUUCUUUCAAAAAAGCACGCUGACAAUACACAGGCGCUGCCACACCAACGAAAGACCUUUGUUUCAAUGUGACGUUUGUUUCAAGGAAUUUGUCCAGCGGGAUUAUUUAACCGUUCACAAACGCAUCCAUACUGGCGAGAAGCCAUAUCAUUGUGAUAUUUGCCUCCAAAAGUUCUCCCGCCGAGACACUUUAUCGACACACAGGAAAACUCACUCCGGCACGAAGGAGUUUCAGUGUGAAAUCUGCUACAAGAAAUUUGCCAACAAAGAUUAUCUGCGAGUUCACCAGCGGACCCACACGGGAGAGAAGCCUUUCCAUUGUGAAAUAUGUUUGAAAAAAUUCGCUCGCAGGGACUACCUUCAGGUUCACAAGAGAUCCCACACCGGGGAGAAACCUUUCCAGUGUGACAUCUGCUUCAAACAGUUUGCACAGAAAGACUACCUUUUGGUGCAUCGAAGGACCCACACGGGGGAGAAGCCUUACCACUGUGAUAUGUGUAGUCAGAGGUUUGCUCGGCGAGAUUCUUUGCAGAGGCAUAAAAAGACUCACCAGCACAUCGGAGGGUUUGUGAAAAUCAAAGAGAAUUAUUUGGACACAGACGACACAAACGACACGAUCGAGACGUCUCCUCCUCCCCCGCCGCCGCCCCCUCCGCCUCCUUCACAUCCACUUCCGGCCCCUGCACAUCAGUUAGCCACAACUAGCAACACAGAUGAGUUUCCUCCAGUCAGUAAAUACUUGUGGUUGUGAAAGAGAAAAACAUUUUAAUAACUGGACCAACCAACCAGAGCCCCUGAACAAUUUUCAUUGCUGAACACUCAAACAACUUUGGUACUUUUAUUAGGGGACAAAUAUUAAUCCUAAGUUGUAAAACUAUCUUUGACCCCUUUUUUUUUUCAGUCAAUUUUGAUUUUUCUCUCCACCAGAUUUUGUCUUGCAACAAAAGAGGGCAAGCCUGUUUUUAACAACUUUUUUUUCCUUCCGGAAUGUUCUCUCUAAUUCUCAUGGCCCUCUUUUUAUUUACUCAGCACCAAAACUGACCUAAUUCUUGUCCCUUUAUUUUCAUACAAUCUUGUUACAUCCAUUACGAUUUUUUUUUUCCAUGCUAGCAUGGGUGGGAUGGCGCUACAAAUUUACAUUCUUACAUGAAUUGUUGGAGAAAAUGAUGUACUGUUUAUUGCCCUUCCUGAUAUCAAGCAGUCAAUCAUGAAAUAAAUGAUGGUAACACAGCUAAAAAUGGACGUCUGUGUGGGUACUUUCAAGAACAGGGUACCGUGCUUUAAUAACAAGCUUCUAUACCCUUCAGUGUCAAGUUUGGAGUUUAAAAGGAAAGAGACUGUAGAAGUAGUGGCUAUAUAAUGGAAUAGGAUGGUGUUCCAAUACCGCAGUUCUUUAGCGUGGAGUGAAUUGAAGAUUGAAGUCUGCUUUAAAAGAUGGAAACACUGAC